AUGAAGUCUGAAUUCAAAGGGAGACCCCUUGAGGCGUUCCCACAGCUGGUGUCAGCCCUGCAGAAGUUGAAAGGAGAGAAGGGCCGUGAUCAGAUGUUUCUCGUGGAUGACUCGAGAUCCAUGGAGCCUCAUCAAAAGAAAGUAGCCGCGAGCUGUCAAGUCCUCUCGUACUUACUCAAAAAGGGAGAGGUUGACCCAAAUGCAACCUUUGAAGUCUAUUUUACCUCAUCUCACCCUCCACUUCAAUCAACAAGGACCUCGGAAUUGAAAGAUAAUAUAGAAAAGAUGCUAUUCCAUGAAGAUCAAUGCAACAUGGCCCCAAGUUUGGACGAGUUGGUCAGUAAGGCUAUCCAGAAUAAGAAACCGGUCAGCAUAUAUGUCUUGACGAACGGACACUGGAAUCUCAAGAACCGAGACAAUUUCUGCGGUGUAGAUGGACCGAUCAAACGCUUGGUGACUCAUGUUCGACGGACAAACGAACAGCAGAAUUGGAUCGGUGUCCAGUUCAUCCGCUUCUUUGACGACAACGAAAAUCCUGAUGACAAGCUCGGGGAGACUCGGUUGAAAGCAUUGGAUGACGAUUUGAAGCAACAAACGGGAAUGUGA